GUUUGUAAAAGCGCGAACUUAGGUAUGUCUGGUGUUGCGCGUUAAACUAUGUUCUCCUAGUUUCGAUCCCAAGACUCAUAAUCUGAGGCAUAUAUUGUUCCCAAUUGUUUUUUAUUUUUUCGCUUGGUAAACGUUUGUGCACCGUGUGCGCCUUCUGGGUUGUCGGCUCACCUUUUCUUUUUGUACUUUUCUCUAGUCCUCAUUCACGUUACUUUGUAUGAUCCCCUAGUGCACAAAAUGCUUUCUAAAUAGACGCAAACUGCUACGUUAAUGUGUUUUGAUGUUAUUUUUUAUCGACCUAUGAGGAACAUGUCUAUGAUCAGCUUUCUCUCGGUACGCAAAUUGAGUGUCUGGAAUAGCUGACUUUUGUUUCGUGUUAAUGCAGAGCGGAGUGUUUUAUUCUACUCACCUGCAAUUUGUAUGAGACAAGAAAUCGAUAGUCUGCGCUAUUUUGCUCGAGGCCAAUGUUUUAAUAUUUGACCUAUUCUACAAGCCUAUUGUGCUAGCUAUAUUAAGGCAGGCGAUUCGGCGUGUUCCCGUGUUUAAAUUAGACAGUUUUGCAUAUAUUUCGCCGAAAAGUAAUGAAAUUUCAAACCUGAAUUUAUAAAAGGAUGAAUUUCGCACUAUUUUCCCAUAGCAGGCGAAAACGAGACAUUUCGACGCGUACUCCUCUUAUUUCCUUUUUUCCAGUUGCUUGGGGUAUAUAAGGAAAAAUUUUGGAAGUUUCUUAAUGGUCUUCAAACCCUGUUAUAUUGGGUUCUAAAUUAAACUGUACUUCAGUCAUAGCAUGCGAAUCAUAAAUCAAUCUAACCUGUCUAAUUUUUACGAUUGUUACCGUCUUGCUAUGAUUAUUCGUCUCGUAUUGAUGUUAGUUUAGUUCAUUUGUCUAAAUGACUAUAGUUUUUUCACAAUUUGUUUAUUUUAGCAAGAUGUCUACGAAUGGAACUGAUGAUGGUCCUUUAGAAUCAGAUUUAAGUUGGGUAUCAACAAAGACAUCAUUUAUGACAAUUUCUGAUCCCAGUGAUUCAUCUACACCAAAUGCAAAUUCUUCAUUAGAUGAAACGUUUGCUUCGAAUAAGUUUUCACCCAACUCUUUCAGAAAUUCGUCCCCAAAAUCUGACGAAUUAGAAGACAAUGACUAUGAUAAUAGUGAUAAAGACAAAGAAGAACAAGUAAAACACAAGAAGAAAACAGGAAUAACUUUGGUUUAUGCUCCAGAGAAAUCAGUUAAUAUUUUCAAAUCUUCAGAAAAUUCUAUUGUUCCACCUCAACUAAAUGAAAAAGUGAUCAUAAUCCGAUCAGAUCAGGGCAACGAUAAUAAUUAUACUGAAAAUGAUACAUUACCUAAAAAAAAUGGAAUUGGAUCAACAACUGCUUCUUCAAUGAAUGAAAUUUUGUAUUCCAGUAAAGAAAAUCUUUCUAAAUUAAAUGAUGAACAUGAAUUAAUAAAACAGUUGAAUAAUUUCAACAAUGUCUUGUACAACAACUCAUUUGAGGAAUUUUCAUCGAAUAAUGGAAUAUCGGAUGGUAAGGAUCUAUCUGAUAAUGAUGAUAAUAGUAAUAAUAAUAAUCUAUCAGAUAAUGAUAGUAAGUACAAUAAUUCCAGUAGUAUUCUAUCAACGCAACAAGUACUCACUUCAUUGAAUAAUCAUAAUGAUUCAUCGGUCUUAUCUAUGGGAUCAAAGACUUUAUCCAAAGAGAUUCUAAAUGAUGACGACAAUAAUAAUGAUAAUAAUCAAUCUUAUGCUAACAAUACAAUUAGUGUUAAUGAAGACAAUGAUAUCACUGAUGCAGUUCUACAGAAUCAUGAAGAAAUUACAAAAAAUACUUCGUCUAUUGAUCAAACUGAAGAAUAUACUUCAACAUUAAAACCAGUUUUAUCUUCACCAUCUAAUCAUUCAAUUGAUUCAGAUCAAGAAUACAAACUACUAACCGAUCAUUCUUCUAUAAAGUCGAAUUUAAAUAAUAUAGCACAAAUGAAUUCUGAAUCAGAUGAUGAAGUUACUAAAACAGUUCUAAAUAUUAGCGAUCAAUAUAAGAAGACGGUAAAUAAGUUUGUUGAGCAAUCAAUGCCGACUUAUUUGGAUCGUUGUUCACCAGCUCAAAUUGUAGCUGUAACCGGUGGAGCACCACCAGAUAUAAUACGUAAUAUUGAAGAAGAUUUAGACGAAGUUAAUGAUGAUAAUGUUAUUGAAGUACUUAAUACAGAUGCAGAACAUAAAACCAAUCCCUCUGCUUCUUCAUCUACGAAUCCUAGUAAUAUUGUCCGACAACGUGGUCAUAAUUCAGAGUCAUUAAAGUCUCAAAAGCCGGUAACUAUCAAUAUUGAUUUACGAGUUGUUUCAAAGCUAACUCCAAGUACUCCAGAAGAAGUAGAUGCUUCAUCAGAACUAGUUUUUAGCAAUUUUAUGAUAGAUCGUUAUAGGUUAGAAGUUUCUGCAUCAGCUCAAGCAUCUUCGUCUCAGUCUACUGCUUCUUCUUCAGCUUCAAUUCAUGUAACAGCUAUAGGUCAAGAAGCUGAAUCUGAAGAUCCUGUAAGCCAUCAACUUUCAUCUUUACCUCGUGCUGAACCACACAGUGUCGAAGCAAUAGUUGCUCGUAAUCUAGCCGAAAUCGGUGAUGAAAUCAAUCGUAUGUAUGGACCGAGAUUAGAUAGAAUGAUUAAAUUACUACCAGUUGAGGAAUGUCCGUUAGAAAUGUUUUAUAAUGUCGCCCGUGUGUUAUUUGCUCGUGGUCCAACUAACUGGGGUCAAGUAAUCACUUUGUUCUAUUUUGGUUAUCGGUUAGUAGUGCAACGAGUUAAAAAAGGUGUUGCCAAUGCAUUUUAUCAAGUUUGUCGAUGUCUAGUCAGUUUUUGUCGACAAAUCAAUAUUUUCGUGUGGAUAGCUCAACAAGGAGGAUGGCGUAUUCUCCAAUUCCUACGAUCCCAUAGAACAUAUGAUGAUGAUGAUGAAAAUGUAGACAAGAAGAAUCAUUCAACCAAAUCAAACGUUACUUCUCACACUGAUGAUGAAAGCUACCAGCAAAAUACAUCGUUAAACAAUAACCCAUCAUUUGAUAAUUCUGAUAAUGAUUCACAGUUAUUUGUUCCAUUAGUAUUGACAAGUACUGGUUUUGUUGUAAUGGCUUUUGCUCUUUGGUAUUACUUACGUCGUUAAAAUAACUUUUGUAUGGAUUUAUGCAUUCAAAAACAGGUUAUUUUAAUUUUGUACUUAUCCUAUAACUUGUUAGCUCCCUAAUGUUUUUUUUAUUCUCAAAAAAAGACUAAUCUCCACCCCUUUUUAACUGAACUGGGUUUUUUUAGUUACCAAUCAUUGCCUAUGUAUUAUUGUAGAAACCAAGUAUUCGUUUCCUAUUUUUUAUUUUAGUCAAACAAGAAGUUAUUACUACUACUACUACUACUACUACUACAUUUCUCUUCAUAUUGUUCAUUUAUUCAUCAUUCAUAAAAUAUUUAGUCUAUCGAUUGUUCUUUAUCUUUUUAUUGAGUGAUUUUAGAAAGUUCAAAUGAUGAGUAUUGUGUGCUUUUCUGUGUGGCCUUGUAGUGUAGCGGUGAGCACUUCGGAUUCUGUAUCCAGCAACCCGAGUUCGAGUCUCGGCGAGGCCUCAUGAUGUGAGCACUUGAAAUCAUCAUUAACCAUGUGCAUCACUUCGCAACAACAGCUCGAUCACGUCGUCCCAAUCACGUUUCACGAGUCCAUUCAACACAACCACUCCUCAGUUUGGUCAGUCAACGACAUGCUGUGGUUCACAAACUACAUCAUCUGUAUGCUUUUACAAAUAGUUAUCUAUUUAUUUAAACACAUAAACAUU